AUGGAGUCAGAUAUCAAAGAGCACGUGAAGCAACUGGAGAAGGCCGUGUCGGGGAAGGAGCCACGCUACGUCCUGCGUGCCUUGCGGGCUCUGCCCUCCACCUCCCGCCGACUCAACUCCAACGUGCUUCACAAAGCCAUCAAUGGCUUCUUCACCUCCAACAGCACCAUGCGGGAUUUCCUCCUUGGCUUCCUGGAGGAGUCCAUGGACACGGAAGCAGAGCUGCAGUUUCGCCCACGGAUGGGGAAAGCGGCCUCAGCCCCUCUCUUGCCAGAAGUGGAGACGUACCUCCAGCUGCUUCUUGUCAUCUACCUGAUGAACAGCAAGCGAUACCCGGAGGCCCAGAAAGUGUCUGACGACCUGAUGCAGAAGAUCAGCUCCCAAAACCGCCGGGCCCUGGACCUGGUGGUGGCAAAAUGUUAUUACUACCACUCCCGCAUCUACGAAUUCCUGAAUAAACUCGACGUGGUCAGGAGCUUCCUGCAUGCCCGGCUACGGACGGCCACACUGCGCCAUGAUGCGGACGGGCAGGCCACCCUCCUGAACCUGCUGCUGAGGAACUAUCUCCACUACAACCUCUAUGACCAAGCAGAAAAGCUCGUCUCCAAGUCCGUGUUUCCCGAGCAGGCCAACAACAACGAGUGGGCUCGGUACCUCUAUUACACAGGGCGCAUCAAGGCCAUCCAGCUGGAGUACUCGGAGGCGCGGAGGACCAUGACGAAUGCCCUGCGGAAGGCACCGCAGCACACGGCUGUUGGCUUCAAGCAGACGGUGCACAAGCUGCUCAUCGUGGUGGAACUGCUGCUCGGGGAGAUCCCAGACAGGCUCCAGUUCAGACAGCCCUCCCUCAAGCGGUCGCUUAUGCCCUACUUCCUCCUGACUCAGGCCGUCAGGACCGGGAACCUGGCCAAGUUCAACCAAGUCCUCGAUCAGUUUGGGGACAAGUUCCAGGCCGACGGCACCUACACUCUGAUCAUUCGUCUGAGGCACAACGUCAUCAAGACGGGUGUCCGUAUGAUCAGCCUCUCCUAUUCUCGCAUCUCCCUGGCUGAUAUUGCCCAGAAGCUGCAACUGGACAGUCCGGAGGAUGCGGAGUUCAUUGUCGCCAAGGCCAUUCGGGAUGGCGUCAUCGAGGCCAGCAUUAACCACGAGAAGGGCUACGUCCAGUCAAAGGAAAUGAUCGACAUCUACUCCACCCGGGAGCCCCAGCUGGCAUUUCACCAGCGCAUCUCUUUCUGCCUCGAUAUCCACAACAUGUCCGUCAAGGCCAUGAGGUUCCCACCCAAAUCUUACAACAAGGACUUGGAAUCUGCAGAGGAGCGCCGGGAGCGCGAGCAGCAGGACCUGGAGUUCGCAAAGGAGAUGGCUGAGGACGAUGAUGACGGUUUUCCGUGACCCUCUGGCCAGGCUGUAUUUUUUUAUUUGUCCCUA